ACGGGGCGGGAGGUCCCAGGGCCCCGGGUUGGGGGGUGGAGCCGCACUUCGUCGCCGCGGGGGUGCCGGGACUCCGGCCGCAGUGCCGCCGCCAUCACGGACUUCCUGUGGGACAAGCGCACGGGCCUCGCCGCCAGAACGAUGCCUCAUCCCCGAAGGUACCAUUCCUCAGAGCGUGGUAGCCGGGGGAGUUAUCACGAACACUAUCGGAGCCGAAAGCAUAAGCGAAGAAGAAGUCGCUCCUGGUCAAGUUCCAGUGACCGGACAAGGCGGCGGCGGAGGGAGGACAGCUAUCACGUUCGGUCCCGAAGCAGCUAUGAUGAUCACUCAUCUGAUCGGCGGGUUUAUGAUCGUCGGUACUGCGGCAGCUACAGACGCAAUGACUAUAGCCGGGAUCGAGCAGAGGCCUACUAUGACACAGACUUUCGGCAUUCCUAUGAGUACCAUCGGGAAAACAGCAGUUACCGAAGCCAGCGCAGCAGCCGGAGGAAGCACAGGCGGCGGAGGAGACGUAGCCGCACAUUCAGCCGCUCAUCUUCACAGCCCAGCAGCCGGAGAGCCAAGAGUGUAGAGGACGACGCUGAGGGCCACCUCAUCUACCACGUCGGGGACUGGCUACAAGAGCGAUAUGAAAUUGUAAGCACCUUAGGAGAAGGGACCUUUGGCCGCGUGGUGCAGUGUGUGGACCAUCGCAGGGGUGGAGCAAGAGUUGCCCUGAAGAUCAUUAAGAAUGUGGAGAAGUACAAGGAAGCAGCCCGACUAGAGAUUAACGUGCUAGAGAAGAUCAAUGAGAAAGACCCCGACAGCAAGAACCUCUGUGUCCAGAUGUUUGACUGGUUUGACUACCAUGGCCACAUGUGUAUCUCCUUUGAGCUUCUGGGCCUUAGCACCUUCGAUUUCCUCAAAGACAACAACUACCUGCCCUACCCCAUCCACCAAGUGCGCCACAUGGCCUUCCAGCUCUGCCAGGCCGUCAAGUUCCUCCAUGAUAACAAGUUGACACACACGGACCUCAAACCUGAAAAUAUUCUCUUUGUGAAUUCAGACUACGAACUCACCUACAACCUAGAGAAGAAGCGAGACGAGCGCAGUGUGAAGAGCACAGCUGUGCGAGUGGUAGACUUCGGCAGUGCCACCUUUGACCAUGAACACCAUAGCACCAUUGUCUCCACUCGCCAUUACCGGGCCCCAGAGGUCAUCCUUGAGUUGGGCUGGGCACAGCCUUGUGAUGUGUGGAGCAUAGGCUGUAUCAUCUUUGAGUACUACGUUGGCUUCACCCUCUUCCAGACCCAUGACAACAGAGAGCAUCUAACCAUGAUGGAAAGGAUCUUGGGUCCUAUCCCUUCUCGGAUGAUCCGAAAGACAAGAAAACAGAAAUAUUUUUAUCGGGGUCGCCUGGAUUGGGAUGAGAACACAUCAGCUGGGCGCUACGUGCGUGAAAACUGCAAACCACUGCGGCGAUAUCUGACCUCAGAGGCAGAGGAACACCACCAGCUCUUCGAUCUGAUUGAAAGCAUGCUAGAGUAUGAACCUGCUAAGCGACUGACCUUAGGUGAAGCCCUCCAGCACCCUUUCUUCGCCUGCCUUCGGACUGAGCCACCCAACACCAAGUUGUGGGACUCCAGUCGGGAUAUCAGUCGGUGACAAUGAGGCUUUGGACCCUCCUGCUUCUUGUGUAGCAGUGGGUGUCCAGUCCAGGACACUGGUGCUUUUUUAUACAAGAGAACAGAGCCAGAACUCAGCCCUCUCCUGCCUUUGGCUCCUUUAUACCUGUAAAUAUGUGAAAUAGUGUAUAUAUGACAGAACUUGUACCUGUCACCUCAACUCCUGCCUUGUAUAUACUGCUCUUUACUCUGCCAACCGCAUCUGCCUCUCAUGUGGAGUUGAUGUAGGGCAGAGUGAGGGAACCAGGUGGUGUCUACCCCAUGUUUUAUAAGGGAUUUUGUACAGUCUUUGUGAAAUAAAUGCUUCAUCUGACCCCCA